AUGGAGCAGCAAUUAUGUGUAUCCUUGGCCCUAAUCCUGACCAACAUUUUAAUUUUCCUAUCCGAUAUUUAUUUCUCCGUCAAAACGGAAACCUCGGCUGAUUCUCAGAUCAUAGUUUACAGUCCUACAGGUCUACAGUGCUUGAUAGUUCUGCGCCUUCAGUUCUGCCUACAGCCAGCUCGUGCAAAAAAGUUGUCUCCCUGUUAUAAGGCUCUGCUGAGUGUCUACGUCAUAUCCGGAGAAGAUUUGUGGGAAAAACUGCUGGGGGAUGUGUUUCAGUGUGGAUGUUUACAAGCCAAUUACCAUAGCGACGAGUGUGUAGACCCUGCUGCUGACUUUUUAGCAAGAGAACAGUCGGAGUUAGCCGGUCUGGAGGAUGAUAACUUUGGCGAAGGGCAACAGUUCACACAAGACUUUGAUGGGUUUGCGCAAAAUCAAGAACAAGUAACAGUGGCUCAGAGUAAUGGGCCAAGUAACAUGUAUGAGGCAAUAUCCCAGCAAGAUACCAUAAGAGCAGUUCCAGAGAAAAUAAAAAUCUGGCGUGAAGAACAAAAGACAAGACUGGAGAAAAAAGACUCUGAAGAAGCAAAGCGUAAAAAAGAAUUGAAAGAGAAAGCAAAGAAAGAGCUUGAUGACUGGUACAAACAUCACACGGAACAGUUGGAGAAAACAAAAGAGAACAACAGGGCUGCUGAAACUGCAUUUGUCAAGGAUCGUGAUGAAAAGGUCACCGGUCAAGCAUGGGAGAAAAUAACCCGCCUUUGUGAAUUUAACCCAAAGAACUCAAAGAACACUAAAGAUGUAUCUAGGUUCAGGUCUAUCUUGUUGCAACUGAAACAGACACCAUUAGUGCGUUAGGUAUUGUGUGCAAUUAGAAGCUGAUUAUACAUUUGUCAUUUUUAUGUUAGUCACCAGCAAAUGUUUUAAUAAUUAUGGUAUAUAAAUGUCCAACUUCUAAAAUAAAAUAUUAGUUUUCAGUGAAUAAGUAGAAUUAUUUCUACAGAAUAAAUGUUUUUA